CCUCAGCCCCACCCCCUCCCCGCGGCCCGCCGCCCGCUUGGUAUUAUGAUUAGCGCUGGGUGCGGGGAUUCGGCGGCCGGGAGGGAGUCUUUGGCGCCGCGGCCGCUGUGGACUGACGCCGCCUGCCAGCUGAGAGCCUCCUGAGAUUCUGCUUUGGCACCUCCAGAGUUUGGCCUCUGCUCAGGGGAAAGAAGCAACCAACAAAAUACAGUAAUAACAAGGAUUAUUCACGGUGGCAUUUGGAGGAUGUCCAUGGCAACAUUGAAAAUGAAUUCCUUAUUUUCACCAGAUAUAUGAGAAGAUUCAUUUUAAACAGUCUAAAUACUUUUUCUUCUGUUGGAACAGCAUGGCAGGAUUCAAGCGAGGGUAUGAUGGGAAGAUUGCUGGAUUAUAUGAUCUGGAUAAAACCUUGGGUCGAGGUCAUUUUGCGGUGGUUAAACUUGCCAGGCAUGUCUUUACAGGUGAAAAAGUGGCAGUAAAAGUUAUUGACAAGACAAAAUUGGACACUCUAGCCACUGGUCAUCUUUUCCAAGAAGUGAGAUGCAUGAAACUAGUGCAGCAUCCCAACAUCGUACGCCUUUACGAAGUUAUCGACACCCAGACCAAACUGUAUCUUAUUCUAGAGCUUGGGGAUGGAGGAGACAUGUUUGAUUACAUAAUGAAACACGAGGAGGGACUUAAUGAAGACUUGGCCAAGAAGUACUUUGCUCAGAUAGUUCAUGCCAUAUCUUAUUGCCAUAAGCUCCAUGUGGUUCACAGAGACUUAAAACCCGAAAAUGUGGUCUUCUUUGAAAAACAAGGUCUUGUAAAGUUGACAGACUUUGGUUUCAGCAACAAAUUUCAACCAGGGAAGAAGCUCACCACAAGCUGUGGAUCUCUUGCAUAUUCUGCACCAGAAAUUCUGCUUGGUGAUGAGUAUGAUGCCCCUGCAGUAGAUAUAUGGAGUCUGGGAGUGAUCCUUUUCAUGUUGGUGUGUGGGCAGCCACCCUUUCAAGAGGCCAAUGACAGUGAAACAUUGACAAUGAUCAUGGAUUGCAAAUAUACAGUACCAUCCCAUGUGUCUAAAGAGUGUAAAGACCUGAUCACACGGAUGCUACAGAGAGAUCCCAAGAGAAGGGCCUCUUUAGAAGAGAUUGAAAACCAUCCUUGGCUUCUGGGAGUGGACCCUUCACCAGCCACGAAGUACAACAUCCCCCUUGUGUCAUAUAAAAACCUCUCGGAAGAGGAGCACAACAGCAUCAUUCAGCGCAUGGUGCUUGGGGACAUAGCAGAUCGGGAUGCCAUUGUCGAAGCCCUGGAAACCAACAGGUAUAACCACAUCACAGCCACUUACUUCUUACUUGCUGAAAGAAUCCUGAGGGAAAAGCAAGAAAAAGAAAUACAGACCAGGUCUGCAAGCCCUAGCAAUAUCAAGGCCCAGUUUAGGCAGUCAUGGCCGACCAAAAUUGAUGUGCCUCAGGACCUUGAGGAUGACCUCACAGCCACUCCUUUGUCCCAUGCGACUGUCCCUCAGUCUCCUGCUCGGGCUGCGGACAAUGUCCUCAAUGGCCACAGGAGUAAAGGCCUGUGUGACUCAGCUAAGAAAGAAGACCUCCCUGAGUUGGCAGGACCCGCUCUCUCCACGGUGCCACCCACAAGCCUGAAACCCACGGCCACUGGGCGCAAGUGCCUGUUCCGAGUGGAAGAAGAUGAAGAGGAAGACGAGGAGGACAGGAAACCCAUGUCCCUCUCAACACAAGUGGUUCUCCGCCGGAAGCCGUCUGUGACCAACCGCCUGACGUCCAGGAAGAGCGCCCCGGUCCUCAACCAGAUCUUCGAGGAGGGGGAGUCCGACGACGAGUUUGACAUGGAUGAGAAUCUGCCUCCCAAGCUGAGCCGCCUAAAGAUGAACAUCGCUUCCCCAGGGACGGUUCACAAGCGCUACCACCGGCGGAAAAGUCAGGGCCGGGGCUCGAGCUGCAGCAGCUCGGAGACCAGUGACGACGACUCUGAGAGCCGCCGGCGGCUGGAUAAAGAUAGCGGCUUCACCUACUCCUGGCACCGCCGGGAUAGCAGCGAGGGCCCCCCUGGCAGCGAAGGCGACGGCGGGGGCCAGAGCAAGCCGAGCCACGGUGGCGGAGGCGCGGACAAGGCCAGCCCCAGCGAGAACAGCACCGGCGGGGGCAGCCCCGCGGGGGGCUCGGGCGGCGCCCCUGGUGGCACAUCGGGCAGCACGCGCCGCUGCGCUGGGCCCGGCACCUCCACCUCCACGCAGCUGGCGGCGCGCAGCGCCGGGGAGCUGGUGGAGAGCCUGAAACUCAUGGGCCUCUGCCUCGGCUCCCAACUGCACGGGAGCGCCAAGUACAUUCUCGACCCGCAGAACGGCCUCUCCUUCUCCAGCGUGAAGGUCCAGGAGAAGUCCACGUGGAAGAUGUGCAUAAGCUCCGCUGGAAGCGCAGCGCCCGUCCCGGCCAUGGGUGGCAUGAAGUUCUUCUCUGACCACGUGGCGGACACCGCGGCGGAUUUGGACCGGAUAAAGAGCAAGAACCUGAAAAAUAACGUGCUCCAGCUACCUCUAUGUGAAAAGACCAUCUCUGUGAACAUCCAGCGCAACCCCAAGGAGGGGCUGCUGUGCGCCUCCAGCCAGGCCAGCUGCUGCCAUGUCAUCUGAUCCCGGCUGUUGCCGCUGUGCGCUUCCUGCUCAGAGCCAUGAAGACCGGCUCACUUCACUGGUCCCUUUUUGGUUUUUACUAUUUUAAAGCGGACAAUUAUUUAUUACUUUUUCAUUUGUUCGCCUGACGAUGUGACAAUGCAUGGUCUUUGUGCAUGCUGCUAGACACUUCUUUUCCAGCUGAAAAGUCUCUUGUGUACUUUUUACAUUUAUAAUUUUAAUGUGGAUGAUCAGGAUUAAAUUAAAUGUAUAUUUGGAACCUAAUAUAAAUGGAGCACUUAGAAAUUUGAUGUUCUGCACUUAACCUAGAGAGAAAGAAAUGCUUUUGUUUCCUUGCGGAAAAACCUAAAUUCCUGCCCCGACCUUCUGUGAUAUGGAUAUUCAGUGUUCUGAGGCACACUCUGGUGUCUGAAACAGAACCAAAGCAAUAACAUUGUGAUGCCGACAGGCCUGGAGCCCACGAGUGUGUGCACAGGCAGUCUUUCUGAGGCCUGUGCACAGCAGAGUACAGUGAGCGUCUGCACUGACAACCUUGAAACCCUGAUUUCAACAUACCCACACCUGUUUGUCUUAAGCUAUAGUGUGAAAAAAAAAAAAGUCUGGGCUCUUAAAAUUUAAUUGAAAAAGAUUUUCUUAUUUGUAAUAGGUGAGAUAAAGUGCUUAGAUUUAUAGGGCAGCUUCCCCCGUAGUGGUAAAUCACAAGCAGACAAUCUCAUUUUGUAAUGUGAUGAAGUGAACUGAUGAUGUCUUAACUCUACUUAUAGAGUGCGUGUCUGUCUAACAGAACAAGAUGAUGUUCCGUGUAAAUUCCUUCCCAGAGGGCACACCCCAGGGUUCCUUUACAACCUCUUGUAGAUAGAAGAAACUAUCGGGCCUAACAUGGAAAGCAGAGGUGCAUGCAGAUGUUGGCAAAGUCAAAACCCCAUAAAUUAAAAAAAAAAAAAAAUUAUUGGCAUUUGAUAAAAAUUUGAUAAUUCUGUUUGAUAAUUAGGUUGGCUCCUUUGUCAUUUCCAUUCUUUUAUGUCCUUUAGCUCAGUUACCUAUGAAAAUUGGCUGAUUAAAAAAUACACAUAAAAGGAUGAAAUUCACACAUAGAGCAAUCAGAAAUGCACAAAGCCUGCUUUGUUUUUUUUUUCUUUGAUUUUUUUGUUUUGUUUUGCUGAAAGUAUUUUUCACUUUGCCGUCCUGCCAAAACAAUAAUCAAAGAACUCUUGCUUUAAACUAUUCUUGUACAAAGACUACUUUUGACCAGAUAAUCAUCCUUUGUGGCUUUUAUCUUGUAGGACCCAGUAUCAUUUUGGAACGGGCCAGAUGCUACUUUUUCAUGCCGUGCCUUGGGGUCUUAAAAGCAAUGCUUAGUGACAUUGGUGAUAGGAUGUGGCUGGGCCCCAGGGCCUUCCCACACUCAUCAGCCUCCCCUCAUGUCUCUGCAGUGACAGUCGCCUGGUCCAUAGAGUGGGCAGAGCACCAAAGGACAGCAUUCCAUUGGUCAUGUUUUCUCCAAAUACACACUGACUCUGCUACUUUAGAAUUCAUGUAUUUUACUCAGAAAUCUGAAUUUCACAGUAUACUUAACUAAGCAAAGAUGAUACUCAAAACACUUUACUUUCUAGACCUAGGCUAGAUAUGUUUUAAGCUACAGCUCUAGUUCAUUGUGAUAUUUAUAAUUGAAAGCUAUGAGAAUAGAAGUGUGGGUGAAGCCAUAGAACAUGUUUGCUUGAAAUUCGUGAGCAGGGAAUAUCUUAUAAAGGGCCAGAAAUAAGAUGUGUGGUUCACAUAGAUAGUGAGCGUAACAUCUGUAUUAAACGUAGGAGAGAAGUUUAUAAAGGGCAUUGGCAAUAAACUCUUUGUUGCAGCUGUUUUCCAAGUAAUGUAAAUACUUUUUCCUGUGAUUAUGUAUAGCCUUGGAAUGGCACCUUUUAACUAACCCGUAUGUGUUUGGUUUUCAAUGAUUUUUUAUAUUCAGAUGUAUAUAUGGUGCUCACUUUUAGGAUCAGCAGUGUUGACCAUUUAUGCUGCAUAGCUGUAUCAUAGCCUUAUUAGUUGUGUGUGGUUGUUGACCCUCUGGGUUUACGAGAUGUUAGUCUGAGUGGCGUCUUACUCAUUUGUUCGUAAGUGAAUGAUUGUGCAUGUGUCGUAUGUCAUAGUAUGUCGUCAUGUAAAAGGGAGGGAGCAAAUAACCAUUACAUUAAGAUAAUAUUGGACCAAACGACUUACUUGCUCUAAACAGUUUCUUGUACCCCCUUAACCUGUCCUCAGAAGUUGCAUAGAGUUGCAGUAGUGUGUAAAUUAAAUAUUGUGGAGAAACAAUUAGUCUUGUAUUUUUCUGUAUGUGUGUAUAUGUAUAUAUAUAUACAUAUAUAUAUAAAAUUAUGUACUUCUGGCAAUUCUGUCUGUAUUUAAAAUUGUGACAAUCUUGACACCGAUUUUAAGAAUAGUCAUGAGACUGAAUCAAAUUAGAGAUAUCCCUUCCAAGUAAGAAUUGAUGUCUGUUAAGAGGGUACAGAAUUAUCAGCUGAUUUGGUUGGUUACUUCCACUGCUGGCUGAUUUUCCUCAUUGUGUAAACAUUGACAGGUAUGUGACAAAUGGGAAAAGAAAUCCGAAUAAUAAAGUGGCAUAUUGGUGUUCAGCAAUAUAAA